AUGGUAAAGCUUCUCGAAGAGCAAAAAAUUGCACUAAUCAAGCAGGAGCGGGAACGGCGUCGAUUGGCACGAUUGAAGCAGGUUCGACAGCAGGCUUUAGACCAGGCGAAAGCAAUUCGAGAAAGUGUUAGUCAGAAGAAAAGAGAAGUUAUUGAAGAUAUAAAGCUAGAAUUACAUAUGGAAAUCGAAGAAGCCGUUGAGGAAAUUGCCAAAAAAGGUCCGGUUAUUAGCGCACGAUCAUUGCCGAGGCGAUCAAAAUCAAAAAAUACGCCUACGCGACAUUCUCGCCGCCGCCCGAUGACGGAAGAAGAUUGUCGAAAGGCAAAAGCACGAAAUGAGAGCGCAAUUUCGCGAUUGCGCGAGCAGCGACGAAAAGAGAAAAUGGAGAAGGAGGAGAAGGUACGACGAAGGAAAGAAGCCGAGCGAGUCGCUAAUCAAUUUCUUAAGCAAUCCGCUUUAUAA